UCAUGAUAUAAAAUUUAAAUAAAUUAAUCAAAUCCAAGCAUUUUGUGUGUUUGAAUGAAUUAAUUGAGUCCAGUCAACUAGUAUAUAAGAAAAAGAAGAAACUUUUAAACUAUUAGAAUCAAGCUUCAGAAAUUAUGCACCAAUGCCUAUUCAAGAAACCAUAAUUUACGCUUUGCAUUAGUGUGUAAUUAAGUGCGUAUAGGUAAGAAAAUGGCGAUACUAAUUCAACGGUGACAUUACCUUGUACAAAUUCGCUUGUCAUUCAUUAUUACAUUUAUUCGUAUUAGUUCGCUUUGUUAUAUUAUCAUCCCCCACUUUGAACUUGACAGUGGUACCUAUUGGAAGUUUCUGUAUUAGUAACGGUCAACCUAUUAGUAAGGUACACUACAUUACAUCGACUUAUGCAUGAGAAUAAUCGAAUCAUACAAAGUUAUAAAAAUUAUUUCGAAUUUGACUAAAACAAACAACAUGACCUUUGCCGGUAAAGUUGCUAUAGCCUCUGGAAUAGUAUUUGUUGUUGUUGUUAUUUUUGGAUUUAUAAUGUUUCCGAAAAUGGUGAAAAGUAAAGUGAAGCAACAAGUAGCACUAAAACCUGGUAGUGAAAUAAGAAAAAUGUACAUGAAGACCCCGUUUGCUUUGGACUUUAAAGUUUAUAUGUUUAAUAUUACUAAUGCCGAAGCCGUACUUAAUGGGGAGAGUCCAGUGUUAGAUGAAAUUGGACCCUAUUGUUACGAUUUGUGGAAAGAGAAAGUCGAUCCUAUAGACAAUGAAGUUAAUGACACUCUAACAUAUAAGGGAAAAAUGACGUGGAUUUUUAAUAAAGCCAAAUCCGCACCAUUAACAGGGGAUGAAAUGGUUACUAUUCCACAUCCGUUAAUUCUGGGCAUAGCUGUUGCUGUUGCUAGGGACAAACCAGCAAUGUUAUCGCUAGUUUCGAAAGCAUUAAAUUCAAUCUUUAAUAAUCCACCAUCGCCCUUCAUUACCGCUACAACGAACGAAAUCCUCUUCGAAGGUUUGACUGUUUACUGCAAUGUGACGGAUUUUGCUGGGAAGGCGGCUUGCGCUCAGAUAAAAUCGGAAGCAAAAAAUGUAAUAUACAUCAGCGACAAGAUAUUUAAAUUGUCCUUUUUUGGAGAUAAAAACGGUACGGUUGAUGAGAGGCCAUUCACGGUUAAGCGGGGAUUAAAAAAUUAUAAGGAUAUUGGAAGGGUUGUUGAGUUUGACAAUAAACCAAAUAUGAAUGUUUGGCCCACAAAGGAGUGUAAUGAGUAUCACGGUACUGAUUCGACAAUUUUUCCACCCCUUCUUCAAAAGGAAGAAGGUAUUGUCGCAUUUUCCCCCGAUAUUUGUAGAUCACUAGCCGCAGUUUUCGAAAAAGAAACGUUUGUUAAAGAAGUCAAAGUGAACAAAUACACUGCAACUUUAGGGGAUAUGUCUGCGGAUGAUAGUUUGAAAUGUUACUGUCCUGAACCUAAUAAGUGCUUAAAGAAAGGAUUAAUGGAAAUAACAAAGUGCGUUGGUGCUCCCUUAUACGCAUCCUUGCCGCAUUUCUAUGCGUCUGAUGAAAGUUACGUUCAUGGCGUUCGUGGAUUACAUCCAAACGAAGAGGAACAUGGAAUUUAUAUGUAUUUUGAACCUAUGACAGGAACACCCCUAGGAGCAAGAAAAAGGCUGCAGUUCAGUAUGCCCUUAGAACCGAUACCGAAAAUUAGUUUUAUGAAAAAUUUGCCCACUACAAUAUUGCCUGUGUUUUGGGUAGAAGAGGGUGCAGAUUUGGGUGACGAAUAUGUUGAUCAGAUUAAAUCUGCAUUCAAGAUGAUUCAAAUUGUUUUUACGGCAAAGUGGAUACUAUUUGUAGUGUCUGCAGUUACAGGUGCAAUUGCUGGUUUAAUGCAUUUCAAAAAUUCGAAAAAUAUCCUUGUCACACCUGUAAAAAAUGACGAGUCGAAAGGCAGGAGUUCUGUAAUAAAUACUAUUGAUUCCCUGAACACUUACGUGAACGGAUCCAAUAACAAAUACUGAUUAUUGAAGUACCUGAUUUAUGAAUUAGUAGAUACUGAUCACACUUUGUUAGAUUUUCUUAAGCAGAAUAGGCAAAAGAGUUAGAGAAAGUAAAACAUCGAAAACUUUUUGUACAAAUUUUGCAGUGUUAUGUGUACUUAUGUACCUGUAGAUGAAACAAAAGAAAUAAUAAUAAUAAAACAAGGGUUUAAUAAUCUA